GAGCAGUCUAUAAUAUUUGGGGUCAUAUUGAGCAAGAUCCAAUUUCAAAGCUAGAUGUUUGGACUACAAUAACAGAUGUCAAAAUUUCGCCUGAUGGAAAGUUUAUUUUUUCAGCAUAUACUGAUGCAUCUAUUAAG